AUGAUCGCAGUGAUAUACGUUCAGAUGACAACUGUGCUCUUCGAGGACGUCAAACGCACAGAGCCAUAUGCUCGAUUGGCACGACCAAACGGAGCAGAGACAACUUCGAGUAUUCUCAAGUCGCCGGACGCCUGGUGGAAUGCAUUAUACGAUGGUUUCGCUAAGAAGAAAAAUGGUUCGCGCAGUAUCAUCUUAAUAUGUGCGUCAUUUCUGAACAUAUUCGGCUUUUUGGCCAUUUCGCCACUCUCUUCCGCUCUUCUGUUCUCUGAAGACUUGGUGGUGCCCAAUCCGGCUGAGUUCACGAGCCUGACACCGGUGGAAAACUUGCCUUUGCCCAUUGACGCGGACCGAACGACGCACUUCCGUACAAUUGCAAAUUUACUCCAAAAUGUAUCGACCUCUCCGUGGAUUACGGAUGAAUAUACAGUUCUCCCUUUCUGGCCGGCCAGCAUGCAAGAUGCCCCGCUUACUUCCUUGCCCACCACCUCCUCACAGACAUGGGAAGCCGAGACGACCAUGUUUAAGAGCCAUAUGAACUGUACACAGAUGUCAAUGGACCGACAGACUGAUAUAAGUGUGAAGUAUACUAAUUAUGGUGGCAGACUUCCGUCUAUCUCGACAAUCUGGUCCUCUCCCGAUGGUUGUAAAUAUGGCCUCUCGGUCGAAAAUUCCUUCAAGUCGGGUGGUAGUUGGUCUGGUACUUCUACUUUCUAUAACGGCAUGCACGCGUCUAUUUUCCAGGCAAACAGCACCCUUCAGUGUCAGAAUCGAGAUAUCAUCAUCUUGGCUGACUCUUCGAAGUCCACGAAGGGAAAUUUCACCGCCCACCUCUGUGACAGCAAAUAUUAUAUGGCCAACAUUACAGCGAAGGUCGCUCUAGAUGGUGAUGAGCCAGAUAUCUCUUAUGAUGAGAAUGAAUUUGAGAAAAAGAAACUCACAAUCCCGGAUAAUAUUUUGAACACGACUCUCUUCCGAAAUCUUACCUUAAACGCCGAUUGGAAAAGUUACAUGGUCUCAAUUUUCUACUCCGACGACAAGAAUUUUGGGGGUCCAGCGAUAUUACUGGGAGCUCUGUACGAUUACAAUGUCACUUCCAUAGUCAAUGAUUUGAAUUGGACCCAGUCAGCAGCGAAAGCCAAGCAGCGAUUUUUUGGCGAAGUGUUGCAGGCAGGCUUGACUCGCCAAGGGGCUUCUCAACACAGCCCUAUGCAUGGCUAUAUUCAUGAUGUCGAACCUCGAGUGGUGAUACAAGCCGGGCCCGCUAUAUCUCUGGGUAUAUUGCUCGCGGUUUCAUUUUUUCUCAUACUUGCUGUCUGGUGGUUCUCUCGACAACAACUUCGACCAUUACACUUGACGGAAGAUCCGGCCUCUACUAUAGGCACAGCCCGCCUGAUUACACAGACUCAAGCCAAUUGUGGCUUCAGAAACUUCAGACAGCCAUCUGAAAAAGAACUACAUGAAAAGUUUGCAGGGGAGUGGUUUGUGACGGAUUCUCGAGGUCUUUCACGGAUCAAUACCGACGACAUUAUCGGCCACGAGUCAUCACAAUCGGAAAAUGGAACGCCCAAAUUAUUUCGACUUUCUGCCCUCCUUUCCCUUGUUAUUGUCCUUAUAGUGGUGGUAAUAGGUAUUUCCGUUCUCUAUCAUUUUGCUCAGACCUCGGGGCUAUAUGAGAAGGCAUUUGUCUAUCAAGUACAAAUUUCUUUCAUCAAUAACGGUCUAUCAUCAGUGGCACCAUUUGCAAUGAUUCCCACUGUUAUCGCGACUGCUAUUGGUCUUUGGUGGAGCGCAAUGGACGACAAUUUUCGUCGUCUGCAACCUUUUCUUGCAAUGUCUAAAGGAAACCCCCCCAGUUUCUAA